CUCUCGCGACGCGAUUACAGUCAACGCGAGCAGAACGUUUUCGUCCGUUUUUCGGCCUUCGGUUUGAAGACUGUAAUAGAGAUGUAGAAGUGCUUCAGAGUUUCGGUCCGUUUUCAAGGAGAAAUGUAUAUGUAUAGCUACGGUUUCAUCUUGUUACAUCUCCCUCAACGUCCUGCAUUUUAGCAUUUCUUUCCCAAGAUACCCAUCCGUUUGUUAAUUCUUUGACAUUCAAUCAUGACUGAACAGCGCAACAUCGUCGUGCUCGGCGCUUCAGGCGCCGGUCUUCAAGCAACCCACUACAUCCUCAAGCACAUACUACCUGCUCUCAAAGCCAAGAAUGAUGCCAAAUACCACGUCUAUAUCAUCGCGCCAUCAUCGACUUGGUACUUUAGAAAUGCUUCGCCUCGCGUCGCAGCUUCAACUGGCCGCAUGUCGACCGAAAAAGUCUUGUUCAAUCUGCAUGAUGCUUUCAAGCAGUACUCCAAGGAAGACUUUAGCUUUGUCGAAGCUACUGCAACUGGUCUUGACACAUCAGCACAGAAAGUCUCAUAUCGCAACAAAAAUGGAAAAGAGGACCAGGCUUUGCCAUAUCACGCCUUGGUUGUUGCUACAGGCAGUAGCACCUACUUUCCCGCCUUUUCCAUGAGUGGAGAUGCUCAAGAUACUCUGGACUCGGUCGCUUCGACCAACGAGAAGGUGGCGUCAGCAAAGAAGAUUGUCAUUGCUGGAGGCGGAGCGACAGCCGUGGAAUUUGCUGGUGAAGUUGCCGAGCAUCGCAAUGGCAAGCCGGGAUGGUUUAGCAAAGUCGAGCCAAAAGUCGAGGUCACCUUGGUCACAUCUGAUGCGAAGCUCCUCCCUGGUCUACGCCCUGCAAUUGCCAAAACAGCAGAGCGCAAGCUCAACGCUCUUGGUGUAACAGUCAUCUACAACACGCGUGUGACCGAGUCCACAUCCAAGGAAGAUGGUCGGACGGUAAUGACGCUCCAGAAUGGGGACAAGCUGGAUGCAGAUCUCUACGUGCCUGCCUAUGGUGUCCGACCAAACUCUUCCUGGCUUCCGAAAGAGCUUCUGGAUGACAAGGGCUACCUCAUCACCAGCUCCGCUCUUCGCGUUGAUGCAGCGGGUCCCCGUGUGUAUGCCCUUGGCGAUAUCGGUUCCUACUCACGCAACAACUACUUCGAUAUAUUGAAUGGUCUACCUGUUCUUGCCACCAACCUCAAGCGCGACUUGCUGUCUUUCGACCCCGUACGCCCUAGUGAGAAACCCAAAGGAAAAGACCGGGAAUUUAAGCCCGACACAAGGGAGACAAUGGUAGUCCCGAUUGGAAGCGGUGGUGGUGUUGGCGUCCUCAUGGGUUGGAGGCUGCCAAAUUUUGUGGUCUGGUUAGCUAAGGGUAGAGAUUAUAUGGUGGGUAUGAGUGGGCUUUCAACGUCAGGUGGCGAUAGUGUCAAGAAGGAGGUCAAGUGGACUGCAGAAGAGGCUGCCAUCUGAUUGUUGCAGAAGAUAUGGAGGCGUUGAUGAGCGUUCUGGGGUUCUAGCUCUAUAUUCUGUUUCAGUAAUUAUUAGUAAUACCUUAGAACUUAAUACAUUGCUAUUUUCCGAGACAGUGGCAUGCUUGGUGAAGGUG